UUUACGUAAUACUGGAGCUCCGCUUUCCUGGCGGAGAAGAUGGCGGCUCCGGGACCGGGGGAGUAUUUUAGCGUCGGGAGCCAUAUCUCUUGUCUUACCUGCUUGGGCCAGCGUCUGCAGGGAGAAGUGGUGGCCUUCGACUACCAGUCCAAGAUGUUGACUUUGAAAUGUGAUCCCUCCAGCAGAAAGCCAACUCUCCACGACGUCAUCCUGAUCAAUUUAGCCUAUGUUUCUGAAGUGGAUAUAAUAAAUGACCGCACUGAAACUCCUCCUCUAGCAUCACUGAAUGUUAGCAAGCUUGCCAAUCGAGCACGGUCAGAGAAGGAAGACAAGCUGUCCCAAGCAUAUGCAAUCAGUGCUGGGGUUUCUGUGGAGGGCCAGCAUCUAUUCCAGACUAUUCACAAAACCAUCAAAGACUGUAAAUGGCAGGAGAAGAACAUAAUGGUGAUGGACGACGUUGUAAUCUCGCCGCCAUACCAGGCUGACAACUGCAAAGGCAAAGAGGGAAGUGCUUUAAGUCAUGUACGCAAAAUAGUUGAGAAACAUUUUAGAGACUUGGAAAGUCAGAAGCAARGUUCACAAGCACAGCAAACACAGAAGGACUCCCCUUUAUCAUCUUGAGUCAGCGCAGGGCAGUGUGGGUCGGGCCAGCCAGGGAAUGCAACACUGCGGCGGGCUGGUGGACGGCACGGCGGGGAGUCUGUCUGGACUGCCGGACGAGGUUGGCAUUCCUAGAGACCAGGAAGAUCCAGCGCUGAAGAGCACUGGGUCCAGAAGAUCAAAAAAACAGUAACGAAAAAGACACACAAAAAAAAGAGGAAAGAGUUAAUCUUAAAUUAGACUUUAUAAAGAUAAUUUAAAACAUCAACCAUGAAGCAACCAUAUAGUUAAAGGAAACUAACUUCAUCUCACUCAUCCCUCCCAUCAAUCCAUCAUCUUCCUCUUGUCCCCAAUGGCUUUUCUCCUUUCUUUUCCAUAAAUUUCAUUUAUUCAAAAAGAGAAAAAUAGAGCAGUCAAAGGCUUGUUAGCUUUAUUUCUGUCAGUUUCCUUUUUUUGCUAUAUCCAUGUUAUACAAGUGUCUGUUUUUCUGUCUUUUAAACAAAACGUGACUUGAAAUGCCACACUUUAAAAAGACAUUUUCUAAAAUAAAAGUAACACAUUCUGACUGUAAUACAGUAAUUUCAAUAGCUUUUUGCGAGGCAAAGAACACAAACCUUUGAAAGAGUCAGAUGGCAAAUUAUUGAUUUCCUGUUAGGUAUUUUCAUUGUACAAUGAAUUGUGGUAUAUGGAACAUUGUCUCUGCAAAAGAAUGGUCAGUCAAUAGUGCAGUAGGCCUAGCCUCAUUAAACUGCUGACCACUGCAUUCAUGUUUCUGUUCACAUGAAGUGAAACCGAAUGUGAGCUCUCGUGAGAUCGGUCUGGUUUUACAAGGCUCCAGUAGMCUACCAUUUAAUCAUGACUAUUCAAUGUGCAUGGUCAAACUUGGCAUGCCACCCUUUAUACACCUGACCAUGRACAUGCCGUCCAGUUAACUAAAACAUUAUACUGGUGUUGGUGCCAUUUAAAGUAAAGAUGUUUCAUGUAAGUUGUUCAACAACUUGUUUCAUGUAAGUUGUUAAGUUGUUCAAAAGAAUUUGACUACACAGCAAUUGUUAUUUCCUCAUUAGAAAAAGAUUUGAUUACAGAGAACUGACCCCAUCCCUUCAUUACCUGGACAUUUAAUUAAAAUGGGAAACGGAUUCUUAUUUCUCCAA